AUGAAAAACAAUGUGACUGAAUUCAUUCUUCUUGGACUGACACAAGACCCAUUGAAACAGAAGGUAGUAUUUGCCAUCUUUUUAGUUUUCUACACUGCAACUGUGUUAGGAAACUUGCUGGUCAUUUUGACGAUCAAGACCAGUUCCACACUUGGGUCUCCCAUGUAUUUCUUUCUGACCUAUUUGUCUUUUGCAGACUCUUGUUUCUCGAGUACUAUAGCUCCCAAACUGAUUGUAGACAACCUCUCUAAAAAGCAGACUAUUUCCUUUGAUGGAUGCAUGACCCAACUAUUUUGUAUGCAUUUCUUUGGAUGCAUGGAAGUCUUGGUCCUUGUUCUCAUGUCCUAUGACCGCUAUGUAGCCAUCUGUAAACCUCUGCACUACACCGUCAUCAUGAACCAGAAAUUAUGUGGGAUUUUAGUAAUAUUUGCUUUGGUGGGGGCUUUAGUGCAUUCUAUCACUCAGAUUGCUCCUGCAUUUAAUUUACCCUUCUGUGGUCCCAAUGUGAUUGAUCACUAUUUAUGUGACUUACAGCCUUUGUUGAGAUUGGCUUGUGCUGACACAUAUGUGAUAAACCUAUUGGUUGUUUCCAAUAGUGGGACUGUAUGCAUGGCAAGCUUUACAAUUCUAAUGACCUCCUAUAUUUUUAUCCUUUAUUCACUAAGAAAUCAUAGUGCAGAAGGGAAGCGUAAAGCCUUGUCCACCUGUACCGCCCACAUAAUUGUGGUUAUUAUAUUUUUUGUCCCUUGUAUUUUUAUAUAUACUCGGCCCCCAAUUAUCUUCCCUGUGGAUAAGUUGGUAUCUGUGUUUUAUACUAUUGUAACUCCCUUGCUCAACCCCUUGAUCUACACCCUGAGGAAUGCAGAAGUUAAAAAUGCUAUGGCUAAGCUGUGGAGUAAUAGACUGAAUUCAGACAAAUAA